UUCCAACAAUCUCUUUCAUGCUUCUCACAACAUUAUAGCCACAGACCUAGAUAUGAUGCUAUGAAUCCCUUUUUAAAGCCAUGUUGUUGCUCCAAGGCUCAACCAAGACCGUGCUCUUCUACCUUGCCUUCAUUUCUUGAUCGAAACAUUUGGAUUUAAAUGUUUUUGAUGAGUGGAUUCAUGAAGGCAGCCAGCGAAAGGUCGCCGCAGUCUGAGAAGAAGCCAAGGAGAAGACCAUUGCCUGGAAAGGCAAUAGUUGUGCUCUGCAUGGCAAGCUUCUUCAUGGGCUUGCUCUUCAGCAAUCGAAUAGGGGUCAUGCCAUUGGAGACUACAGAGCAAAGAACUUCCACCACUCGAGAGUCAAAAAUCUCUCUCAUAGCACACGAUUGCGAGCAUAAGCAUAGGCUUGGUGAGGGCAGUACAAAGGAUGUCAUAGGAGAAGUCUCAAAGACUCAUCAAGCAAUUCAGUCCCUGGACAAAUCGAUCUCUUCAUUGGAGAUGGAACUAGCAGUAGCUCGAACGAACCAAAAUGGAGGCCAGGCUUCAUCUGGAGGAGUCACCAUGAGGUCUAACAAGGGACUUCAGAAGGCAUUUGUUGUGAUAGGAAUCAACACUGCAUUCAGCUCCAAGAGGAGGCGUGAUUCGAUUCGAGAAACCUGGAUGCCAAGAGGGUCUAAGCUUAAGAGACUAGAAGAAAAGGGGAUUGUUAUACGAUUUGUGAUCGGUCGCAGUGCGGCACAAGGUGGAGUUCUCGACCGUGCAAUUGAUGCAGAAGAAGCUGAGACAAAAGACUUCCUUAGGCUUGAGCAUGUGGAAGGGUACCAUGAGCUCUCAUCCAAGACCAGGGUGUACUUUUCCACAGUGGUAUCCAAAUGGGAUGCUGAUUUCUAUGUCAAGGUUGAUGACGAUGUGCAUGUUAAUCUUGGGAUGCUGGUGACCACGCUUACUCGUUAUAGAUCUAAACCAAGAAUUUACAUUGGCUGCAUGAAGUCUGGACCAGUUCUUUCGCAGAAAGGAGUGAAAUACCAUGAACCGGAAUUCUGGAAAUUUGGAGAAGAGAGAAAUAAGUACUUUAGACAUGCCACUGGGCAAAUUUAUGCCAUCUCUAAAGAUCUUGCUGCAUAUAUCUCCACAAACGCGCCAAUACUGCAUAGAUAUGCCAAUGAAGAUGUUUCUCUAGGCUCGUGGUUGAUUGGGUUAGAAGUCGAGCAUAUUGAUGAUCGAAUGAUGUGUUGUGGAACACCACCAGAUUGCGAGUGGAAAAUGCAAACUGGAAAUGUUUGUGUGGCAUCAUUUGAUUGGUCAUGCAGUGGGGUGUGUAAGUCAGUGGCGAGGAUGAAAGAUGUUCACAACACAUGCGGAGAAGGAGAUAGAGCAAUUUGGAAUGUUGUUAUUUAGUUGAGUUAAUGCAUCUACUUAUUGUAUCUAUUGAAUAAAAUAAUU